AGGGACUUCACUGAAAUGAAAGUGAAAGCAAAGAGCCUGCAUAAGAACCGUAAGAAGUGUCUUUCAGGCUCUGCUGGGGAGACUAAAACUCCUCAAAGUGCAAGCAAGACUUUAGUCGCGUUGGACCCUGCCACUUUGUGCCAGCUCUGAAGCCUCAGCCCUUGCUAACUGGACCUUAGACCAUGAUGGCCCUCCAAGCCCUUCAGGAGGAACAGGCCAAACUAAAGACCAGGCUACAGGAGCUGAAAAGGAAGCUCAGGGACAACCCCCAAGACAAGGUCCCAUUCCCAGUGCCUGAGACCCCCCUGGUGUUCCGAGGAAACAUUCAGCAGGGCAAGGAUACGGUCAAGUCUGUGGUUUCUAACCUGCGGAUCUGUUACCCUCUGCCUGGAGGCUCUGCUCUGGUCACCUUUGAGGACCCCAAUGUGGCCAAGCAGGUGCUGCAGCAAACGGAGCACACGAUCGAUGUGGAAGGGUUCCGACUGCGGGUGCAGGUCCAGCCCUUGGAGCUGCCCAUGCUGACCACCAUCCAGGUGUCCAGCCAGAUGAAUGAACAGAGAGUACUGGUCAGUGGGUUUCCUGCCGGGCUUAAGCUAAGUGAGGAGGAGCUGCUGGACAAGUUGGAGAUCUUCUUUGGCAAGAGCAAGAACGGGGGUGGCGAUGUGGAGACGCGGGAACUGCUGCAAGGCGGUGUCAUGCUGGACUUCGCUAAGGAUACAGUGGCCCAGCACCUGUGCCAGAUGGGCCAGUUCACAGUGCCACUGGGUAAGCAGCAGUUCCCUCUGAGAGUCUCUCCCUACAUGAGUGGAAAGAUCCAGAAGGCUGAGGUCAGGUCCCAGCCAGUGCCCCACUCGGUGCUGGUGCUCAACAUUCCUGAUGUCCUGGAUGGCCCGGAGCUACAAGACGUCCUGGAGAUCCACUUCCAGAAGCCCACCCGUGGGGGCGGGGAAGUGGAAGCCGUGACAGUCAUGCCCCUGGGACAGCAGGGCCUGGCGGUCUUCACUGCCAAAUUGGGCUAGGAGCCUGCCCUGCUCAUUACCCCCGCCCCUCUGCCAAGGUUCUCAAACCAGGCUGGGCUUGGACGCAUAUACAGGAGAGAGAGAUCAUGCUGGUCAACGGCAGGAGGGACUAUGAGUUGUGAAACGCUGCCCGAGAACAGUAAAAGCGCCUGCAUUGCAUGAUCUUCUUCCUCAUUUUGUUUCAAGAAAGGAAACUCGAUUAGGCCAUGGAAGAAGGCUGGGGGGAGGGAGAAACCCCAGCCUUCCACUAGCAGCACUGGCCUUCCACAAGCUCCCCUUCCCCUCCACUAUCAGAGGCAACAUCCAGGACCCAGGGUUUGGCUUUUUAUUGACACAAACACAAAGGCAGCUUCGGUAACGGGGUGGGUACACAAAAGUGAAAAUCGCACUUCACACAUUUAGGCCUCGUUCAGAUGAUGAAGAGGCUGAGCCCCUCCCCCCACCUCCCAUUGGCACUGGCUUGGGCAAUAACCCGCCCUAAUUCCAGAUCCAAGGGCAGAGGGACUUGCACCCCUAGCCCCGGGAAGUCCCCACUUUGGUUCCAGUGGCCCAGGUCCUAAACCCCCGCUUUGACCCUCUGUUCCAUCUCCCCACCCAUGUAAACAAAGUUUGGGGCUGAGUCUGAAAAGCUGCCUCCCUGCUCUGAGGAGACAGUGGGCCUCCGUGACUACAUGGGGAACGUGCUUCGAUUUUUACUUUGGUCCCAGAA